AUGAGAGUUACGCUCGCUGCCAUAGCCCUCGCUUGCCUGGCUAACUGCGCCGACACCACGCCGCCAACUCAAUCUUCCAGCAAGAAAGGGGGCAAACGGUUCACGCUUACCCAAGUCCACAACGACAAGUUCCAAGGUCAUGAUACGCCUUCGUCCUUCCUCAAAGCCCACUUGAAAUACGGUCACACUCUACCGCCGCAAUUAUCACGAGCUUUGGACCUCAACCCGAGCCUUAAACUCAGGUUCCAGGCCCAGUUGCCUUAUACAAACAGAUCACAGAAGGGAACGAUCAAGACAUCCAUCGCGCCCAAAUAUGACUCGGAAUACUCAGUCCCAGUCCAGAUCGGGACGCCUCCGCAGACGAUACCCUUGAACUUGGACACGGGGUCUGCUGAUCUGUGGACGUUUUCAUCGGAAACAUACCCGACCGUGGUCAUGAAUCAGACACUAUACCAUCCUGAGAACUCGUCGACCUGUGAGCUGCAGAGAGGCGAAAGUUGGCAAGUCAAGUAUGGCGAUGGCGCCGGCGCGGCAGGCAUCGUCUACAGAGACAGGGUGCAAGUGGGUGAAACCUACGUCGAUGGUCAAGGCGUGCAGGCUGCCAUCACGGUCUCGCCCGAAAUCGCCAGGGACUCGUUCACAUCGGGCAUCUUGGGCAUGGCAAAUAGCCGUGUCAACACGGCCCGGCCCAUGCAGCAGCGGACCUACAUUGACAACAUCAGGGGAUCGCUCGAGGAACCCCUGUUCACGGCCAAUCUGCGCAAUCGCCGUCCCGGCAACUACAACUUCGGAUACAUUGAUAAGUCCGAGUACACGGGCGACCUCCAAUACGCCGCUGUGAACCGAUACUCACCAUUCUGGAUGGUCACUGUGAAUGGGUACCAGGUCGGCUACAACCCCCCCCUUCAGGUGUCGUGGAACGCGAUUGUCGACACGGGCACGUCGCUACUGCUGCUCCCCGACGAAAUUGUGCAGGACUAUUAUCGCCACGUUCCCGGCGCUGGGAUAGAUCCGAAGCUGGGGGUGGUUACGUUUCCCUGCCAAGUUCACCCGCCCGACUUCUUCUUUUACAUUGGGGCCCAUCGCGGCCGAAUCCCAGGCGCGUAUAUCAAUUACGGGCAGGUCAGCGAGACGUACUGCCACGGCGGGAUUCAGACGGCACGGGGGCUGCCCUUUGGCGUGCUUGGCGACGUUGUGCUCAAGGCGCAGUUUAUCGUCUUCAACUAUAACCUGGGCCUCGUCGGGUUUGCCAACAAGAAGCUUGAUGACGCUCCUGACAGCCCUCCUGAACACUAG